UUGGCAACUAUGAUCGGCGAACAUAGUUCCCAGUAUAUAUGAACUACAACUAAUUAAUUUGUCACACAACCAUUUGACGAUUUCUUGUCAAGCUAUGUAUAAGAUGUUUGGGCGACUGAAAAUCACACCGCGAUUUGUUUGGAUAAUAUUGUUUGUAUGUAUUGUCCUUUGGGCUAUUAGAGGCUGGUUUCGCAAGGAGGAGCAAGUGAUAUUUUAUAGCGACGAGAAUCAUUAUGAUGCAGUUUUGGAUGAGUUGCUGAAGAUACGCAGCCCUGGCAGCAUUGGACAUUAUCAAGUUAAGACGUUUCUUGAGCGGGAACUGAAGAGUCUGGGAUUCCAAACCAAAAGUGAAGAGGUAUUCGAGAAGUUUCCCAUAACUAAUGUUAUGGGUAUUAUUAAUCCCAAUGCAAAGGAAUUCUUAUUGCUGAGCUGUCAUUACGACUCCAAGUAUAUGGAAGAAGUCGACGAUUACGUAGGUGCGACCGAUGCAGCAGUGUCUUGUGCCAUUCUACUUAAUAUGGCCAAGACUUUAGGCAAAUAUUUACGAGAAACAUUUUCAAAACGCAUUGAUAUGGGACUGGUGCUGGUGUUUUUUGAUGGACACGAUACAUUGGAAGGGAUCAAUGAUGGCUUUGUGCCAUUAUACGGCUCACGGCGCUUUCUUACUCAGGAAGCUUCUAUACUAGAAAGAAUUAACUUGGUUGUCAAUUUAAAUUUAAUUGGUGCUCCUGAACAUAUUUAUAUUAGCCACUAUGAAAAUACUAAUCAUUUUCAUGAGCAAUUGGCUGAUAUUGAAGAGGAUCUCAAAAGAUCGGGACAGCUGACCGAGUGCCAUACUCUCUUUUACAAAAUAACUGAUUAUUAUUCAGAUUUUGAAGAUGAUAUUGAUCCAUUUAUAGAAUCGGGUGUGCCAGUUCUGCAUAUUGUGCCACACACUUAUCCAGAUGUUUGGCAUACGAAUAUGGAUAACUUGGAGCAUCUUUAUUGGCCAGCAAUACGUAACAUGAAUUUAAUUAUUUCACGAUUCGUUUAUGAAUAUAUGCGUUCUGUUAAAUAAUUAUUUAAU